AUGCACGGCUCCGCUCUCUCUCCAAAGGCGUGAAAGCUUUUCCUUUUUCUCUUCUGCUGUCAACUGAACGUUUUCCUUCAAAAGUUAUCACCACAGUGGAGUGCCAGAGUUGGAAUCCUCAUCUGGGUCAACUAAAAAAAGAAAGUAUGCAAGACGACAACAUAGAAACUUCUACGUCCAUCUCUCAGCUCCUAAGAGAGAGCUAUUUAGCUGAAACCAGACAUCGGGGGAACAAUGAGAGAAGUCGGGCUGAACCGUCCUCCAAUCCUUUCCAUUUCGGGAGUCCUUCAGGAGCUGCCGAAGCUGGAGGCGGCCAAGAUGACCUUCCUGAUCUUUCAGCCUUUUUGAGCCAAGAAGAGUUAGAUGAAAGUGUCAAUCUGGCGAGACUGGCUAUCAAUCAUGACCCUUUGGAGAGAGCAGAUGAAGCUUCAGCCCGAAAACGUCUUUCUGAUCAGAUGAAACACUCAUCGAAACCAAGCUUUGAGCCUAACUUCUGCCAGGACAGCCCUCGCAGCCCUGCUGACUCUAGAGAGAGCCACCCAGAGGCGAAGAAGCCACAGUAUAGUUCUGAAAGUCAGUCCAAAAAAGUAUUCUUAAACAAGGCUGCCGAUUUCAUCGAAGAGCUCUCCUCCCUCUUCAAAGCCCACAGCUCCAAGAGGAUUAGACCUCGGGCCUGCAAAAACCACAAGAGUAAACUGGAAUCUCAAAACAAAGGUAUGCAGGAAAACAGCUCCAGUUUCUCAGCUCUGUCCGAAAGGCGAGAACGAUCUUCUGUUCCCAUCGCUAUCCCUACAGAUACCAGGGAUAAUGAAGUAAAUCACGCCCUUGAGCAGAGGGAAGCCAGGAGGCGUGAAGCUGAGCAGGCUGCCAGUGAGGCAGCCGGUGGGGACACCACACCAGGGUCUUCACCUUCAUCUCUGUACUAUGAAGAACCUUUAGGGCAACCUCCCCGAUUUACACAAAAGUUACGGAGCAGAGAAGUUCCAGAAGGAAGCAGAGUACAGCUGGACUGCAUAGUGGUAGGAAUUCCGCCACCUCAAGUAAGGUGGUAUUGUGAAGGUAAGGAACUUGAAAAUUCUCCAGACAUUCACAUCAUCCAGGCAGGAAAUCUCCACUCACUGACCAUUGCUGAAGCCUUUGAAGAGGACACGGGACGCUAUUCCUGCUUUGCUUCAAACAUCUAUGGGACAGAUUCAACUUCUGCUGAAAUUUAUAUAGAAGGAGUUUCUUCCUCUGACUCAGAAGGGGACCCUAACAAGGAAGAAAUGAACCGAAUCCAGAAGCCAAAAGCGGCGGCAGCCUCUCCCACUGUCUCUGCAGCCAUUUCUUCAGCAGUACCCCCCACCCAGCACAUGGAGGUCCGGCCCAGGGUGACAACCCUCCAGCAGUGUCAGAGCCCUACCAACUAUUUGCAAGGCUUGGACGGGAAACCUAUUAUAGCAGCUCCUGUGUUUACCAAGAUGUUACAAAAUUUAUCAGCAUCUGAGGGUCAGCUGGUCGUCUUUGAAUGCAGAGUAAAAGGAGCUCCGUCACCUAAAGUUGAGUGGUAUAGAGAAGGGACCUUGAUAGAAGAUUCUCCAGAUUUUAGAAUUUUACAGAAAAAACCUCGAUCCAUGGCUGAGCCAGAAGAGAUUUGUACUUUGGUCAUUGCUGAGGUAUUUGCAGAAGACUCUGGAUGCUUCACCUGUACUGCAAGCAACAAAUAUGGCACAGUGUCGAGCAUAGCCCAGCUGGACGUAAGAGGAAAUGAGGAGCUCAGUAACAAUGGGUCUCUUCACUCAGCCAACUCCACCACCAAUCUGGCUGCUACGGAGCCACAGCCAUCCCCACCAAACUCAGAGCGUCCUGUGGAACAGCCUCGCAGACCCAAACUCGAAGGGGUUCUGGUGAAUCACAGUGAGCCUCGAUCCAGCUCCAGGAUUGGACUCCGGGUGCAUUUCAACCUGCCUGAAGAUGACAAGGGAAGUGAAGCCUCCUCUGACGGUGGAUUGGGGGCCACCAACCAGCCCAGGCCUGAUUCCUUCCAGGAAAGAUUCAAUGGACAGGCAGCAAAACUCCCUGAGCCUUCUUCACCUAUCAAAGAGCCCCCUCCAGUUCUGGCCAAGCCCAAACUGGAUUCCACACAGCUACAACAGCUUCACAACCAAGUCCUCCUGGAGCAGCAGCAGCUGCAGGCCCCGCCGCCGCCCUCGUCUCCCAAGGAGCCCCCUUUCAACGUCAGCGUUUUCAACUCCACUGCGCCCCUGGCCGUGACCGUGUCCAGCAAGCAGGUGAAGGCCCCGUCCUCGUCGGCGUCGUCGGCGGCGGCGCAGGCGGUCAGCGUGGCCCGACCCAAGCCCUUCUUGGCGUCCGCCAGCGAGUCCCCGUCCAGUCCCCCGGGGUCCACGCUCGGCGGGGCGCCCCCGGGCCUCCAGAGGACCCUGAGCAGAGAGAGCCUCGUGGUCUCCCAGCCCCCCGUGCAGACCAAGGCGCCCGGAGCGGCGUCCGGCCAGAACGAGCCCCCCGCGCCAGGCCCGCCAGAGCCAGCGGCCACUCCGCUCGCCUUUCUCGUGUCCAGCGGAAGCCAGUUCCAGCCGCGCUGCGUGUCCCCGUCUCCCGUGUCCCCCACCGGCCGGAUUCAAAACCCGGUGGCCUUCCUCAGCUCUGUCCUGCCUUCGCUCCCCGCCGUCCCGCCCACCAAUGCCAUGGGGCUGCCCCGGAGCGCACCCACCGUCCCUUCCCAGGGACUAAUGAAGAAAAAUACAAAGUCUGCCCAGCCAGUGAACGAUGAUUACAUUCGUGAAGCCAAGAAUGCAGUGAUUCUAGACUUGGGGAAAAAGAUGAAUUUCAGUGAUGUCAAAUUAAACCAGCAGGAGUACAAAAUUUCAAACUUUGAACAGAGGCUGAUGAAUGAAAUAGAGUUUCGCCUAGAACGGACCCCUGUGGAUGAAUCAGAUGAUGAAAUCCAACACGAUGAGAUCCCCACGGGCAGAUGUCUUGCUCCCAUCUUUGACAAAAGACUCAAGCACUUCCGGGUCACAGAAGGCUCUCCAGUCACUUUCACCUGCAAAAUUGUUGGGAUACCUGUUCCAAAGGUUUACUGGUUCAAAGAUGGGAAACAGAUUUCAAAGAGAAAUGAGCACUGCAAAAUGAGGCGUGAGGGAGAUGGGACGUGUUUGCUACAUAUUGAGUCCACCACGGGUGAUGAUGACGGCAACUAUACCAUCAUGGCUGCCAACCCCCAGGGGAGAAUCAGCUGUUCUGGCCACUUAAUGGUACAGAGUUUGCCCAUUCGCAGUCGGCUCACAGCUGAUGGUCAGUCUCACAGAGGAAGAUCCCGGGGGCAAGAAAGAGACAAAGAACCCCUUCAGGAACGCUUUUUCAGACCCCACUUCCUGCAGGCGCCUGGGGACAUGGUAGCUCAUGAAGGACGCCUCUGUCGGCUGGACUGUAAGGUGAGCGGCUUACCACCCCCGGACUUGACCUGGCUGCUCAAUGGCCACCCCGUGCUUCCAGAUGCCUCCCACAAGAUGCUCGUCAGGGAAACUGGAGUCCACUCUCUGCUCAUUGACCCACUCACUCAGCGCGAUGCGGGGACCUACACUUGUGUUGCCACCAACAAAACUGGGCAGAAUUCCUUUAGUCUGGAGCUCACUGUAGUGGCCAGAGAAGUAAAGAAAGCGCCGGUGAUUCUGGAGAAGCUGCAGAACUGCGGCGUUCCCGAAGGCCACCCCGUGAGGCUGGAAUGCCGCGUGAUUGGCAUGCCGCCGCCCGUGUUCUUCUGGAAGAAGGACAAUGAGACCAUCCCGUUCACCAGAGAGAGAGUCAGUAUGCACCAGGAUGCAACAGGUUACGUCUGCCUCUUCAUUCAGCCAGCGAAGAAAUCAGACGCAGGCUGGUAUACACUGUCAGCCAAGAAUGAAGCCGGCAUCGUGUCCUGCACUGCGAGGCUGGAUAUCUACGCUCAGUGGCAUCAGCAGAUCCCGCCACCCAUGUCCAUCCGGCCCACCGGCAGUCGCUACGGAUCUCUCACCACUAAAGGGCUUGACAUUUUCUCGGCCUUUUCCUCCAUGGAAAACACAAUAGUGUACUCGUGCUCUUCUCGGAGCGUAGUGGAGAGUGACGAACUUUAAGGAUGUCUGGGUGCCUGCGAUGGAAUGGGGUGAGUGGUGGCAAGGGACACAACGUCCAAACAAGGUGGUUUCCAAGCAACUGGAUUUGAGUCAGUUCCCGUGCUGCUGGACCAGUAGAAAAGAGUGCUUUAAGUAUGUCAGCUGGGGACUCUUGCCGUCUUGGCUGCCAGAAAGAUGUAGAGAUGUAGAGUUGUUGUUUUUUUUUUUAAAGAUUCCAGCCAAAAUGUGAGAAAACAAUACAGAUGAACCAAAGAUGUCGCACAGUUGCCAUCCCUACUUUGGGGAAAGCCAGCAUGUUCCCCAGCACCCUGCUAUGAUAGUAAUGGUUAGGCCAGGCGAAUUAGGGCCAAUAGCUUGGGUCAGGAGGCAUCAGUAGUAACCUCACGAACUCACCAAACAAUGCAAAGGGGGUUGGUGGGAGAUCCAUCACCUUCCGGGAUUUACUGAUGGCGGUAGCCUUGGUGGGUUCGUUAAAGCAGCUUCUACUCAGCCGUACGAGAUCCUACCAUACAACUCACAUGAUGAAGGAAAGUCAACACUUGCGAUUUGCUUAUCCAGGGUAGAUGGAGUCAACCUUAGGAGGUGCCAACUGUGUUUAAGAUUGAAAAACAACAUUUUCUUCAUUGAAACAUUCAAUAUUGCACAGUACACUUAUUCUGUAGCCAAAACAGGGCGCUGCCAGCUUGUCUGCACCCUUUUCUUUUGGAUAUUAUGGUGAGAGAUUUCUUCCUUAUUUACCCCAAAAUUCUAAAACUGAAGGGUUGUUAAUAAACUAGUAAGAAAGAACUUCUCUCUGGGUGUUAAUUGUCACCUGCAUAAUAGGCAAGAGUCCUCUUUAUCUGCCCCUAAAAUAUGUACCUUUCUGCUCCUCCCCUGCUGCCCAAAAGUCUGGAAUAGUAUAAGGCAGUGAGAAAGGAAGAGAUGCAAACUAGGAGCAGAAGUGAUGGGAGGGUAUAGUUUUCCACUUGCCCCAGAGGUUGAGGAAGAAGGGGACUUGAAGAGCUCUUGGCUUCUUAAAGUGUAAUCAAUAAUCAAAUUAGGUGUUUAAAAAGGGAGGAAAGAUGCUAAUGGGGGCAGGGUAAAGAAAGGGGAAAGGAGCUGGUACGAUAGCACGGCGGGUAGGGCAUUUGCCUUGCACACGGCCAACCCGGGUUCGAUUCCCAGCAUCCCAUAUGGUCCCCCGAGCAUUGGCAGGAGUAACUCCUGAGUGCAGAGCCAGGAGUAACCCCUGUGCGUUGCCAGGUGUGACCCAAAAAGGAAAAAAAAAAGGAAAGAAAGAAAGAAAGGGGAAACAUGAAUCUUUAUUCUCUUCCACCAAUUCCAAGCCUGCCUCUCCAAAGAAUUUUUAGACAUAAAUUCAUAUGAUGCCCACAAUACCUAGGAAAAUGCUUCCAGAAAGUAAAUAUUCAAUAUUUUCUAUUUUCUGGGCGAAUGAAUCUUAUAUUCUAUAGAGAGAAAUCUACAGUUCACUCACCACCCCAAAUUUGCCCUAAGUGGGGUUAGAGCGAUAGCACAGCGGGUAGGGUGUUUGCCUUGCAUGCAGCCGACCGGGGUUCAAUUCCCAGCAUCCCAUAUGGUCCCCCAAGCACGGCCAGGAGCAAUUCCGAGUACGGCCAGGAGCAAUUCCUGAGUGCAGGAGCCAGGAGUAAUUCCUGUGCUUCGCCGGGUGCGACCCUAAAAGAAAAUUAAAAUUUGCCCUAAGAGUGGUUCCCACAGUGAAGGUCCCUCCAGACUCACAGGUGAAGUACAUUGGAGGCACCUUGGUACCACUUCCUGAGGCCUGAGCUCAUAUGGUCUCUGAGCCAAACAAUAGUAACUAUAAAGGAAGCCCUGGAACUCUCUUUAUUUCAAGGCAGGAGGCCCCGUCUAAAAAUGAAUUCAUUUGUGGCCAGAAAUGUUUUGUCUGUACUCAAGAGGCAGAGCACAGACCUGGCAUGUGCAAGCCCCUGGGUUUGAGCCCCGCCCUGGCAUCCCUCCCCCCUGGCACCACCAGCUCUGGCCCCAACAACAACAAAAGUCAAACUAAACUCACAUACUCAAAAAAUCGUCUGUGUCCAGAAUGUUAUGCUAGAGGAUUUAGGAGACACAGAGAUAGGAAAAAAGACACAGUCCUUUCCUCAGGGUGCUUACAAUCUCAUGGGUGAAACAUGAUAUAAGCCAUGUAGAUGGUCACUUUUUGAGACAAAAGUCUAUUCUUUAUAAAAAAAAAAAACUAGUAGUUUCUAAUAAUCUUCCUCUUGCAUUGCAUAGCUAAAAUCAUCCUAAUUAUUUUCAAUUUUAUUUCUGAGUAAAACAAAAUACUUUGGGUUACAUCCAAGAAAUAAGAAUUGCAGUACCAGAGAAAGAGCUCAGUGGUGAAGUGCAGGCUUUGUAUGGAGAAGACCAGGGUUCGAUUCAGCACCACCAGGGACUACUUGGCCCCCCAACACCACUAGAAGCAACCGCCAACUGAAUAUCCAUGUGGUCCCCACACACAAAAAAAGAAUUUCUGUAAAUUAUUCAACAGAAUUAUUAUAUUUAGUUUCCUUUUUCAUGUAUUCAGGAGAAAUACUAAAAAAAUAGAAACCUGCAAUGAAUGCCAUUCAGAGUGCAUGUCGUAAAAUAUUUGCCUUGCAUGAAUAUGGUCCUCAGUCUUUAUUACUGGCACUGUGUAGUCACUCAGGCCCCUCCAAGAGCAACCCAAGAAUACUGAGCUGGGAGUAGGUCCUGAGUACUGGGUGUGGCCCCAAAACAAGACAAAAAAAAGUAUUGCAAAAUGUUUUGUUUCUGUAUUGGCUUCUCUAAUGAAAUCUCUUUGUAACCAAAAAAGCACUUUAUAACUACAAAAAUGAUUCUCCAACCUUGCAAAUCCCAUCAUAUCUAUUUAUGUAAAUCUUACUUUUCCCAUGAAACUAUUUCUGUAAACCUUAGUUUUCCUAUGAAAGAAUGGUCUUGUCUACAUGUAUUUUUUAGUAUUACCUUUCUUAGUAUUUUUUAACUUCUUGUUUAGCUUUAAACAGAAGAGGAUAAAUAUUCUAUUUGGACACUAGAUGGCGCUGUUAGCACAAAAUAAAGCAAACCCCCCCACCCCAUUUUUUUCCCCUGAAAUUUGAACUGUUGAAUUGAUUGUAUUAAAGCAAGGUUUCUCAAUAAAUAUUUGUUACCUGU